GGCCUUCCCCUGGGUUCCGCAGUACUUGCCCGCAAGUAAGAACCCUAUGAGGCGCGCUGGACCCCUCGCUGUGCCAUUUUCAGGCACUUACCAACCCAACCAAGAUGGGUUGUUCGCUGCGCCAGCAAAUUCCUUCAACUCAUUGCCACCAGUUGGUUUGCCUUCGUGUGUUCCGAAACGGGGGACAUAAUUCACUCCCACCUCAACGUCAACGUCAACGCCAACCUCCUCCUUCUUCCUGCGUCUCUAUACCAGUAUGUCUCGAGUUGACGCAGACUACACGUCGUACUGAUGUUUCUCUCAAACCGGCGCCCGACGUUCAAGUUUUCCAGCAUCGUCACCCUCAUUGCCCUGGUCCUCGUCUUCUGCUUCCCUUCGUACAUCUGGCCUGUCACCGAUGGAGAGGCAAUUCGCAUCCCCAUCCCAGCCCCGUCUUCUCAAACGACGGCAUCCUCUCCCAAGGCAACACCCUCCGCGACAGCGUUCCCAGAGAAGAUAUGGUACAAGCUCGGGCCUCGAGGCGUGACCGAGCAGGCACGAAAAUGGAUUGAUUCCUGCCUCGACAUAAACCCCACCCAUAAAUCCAAAUUCAUGACCGACCUCUCGGGCGACGCCUACGUCAAGGAGCACUUCACACACCGCCCCGACAUCGUGAACACAUUCCUCGCGCUCCCAUUCCCCAUUCUCAAAGCGGAUUUCCUCCGUUACUUGCUCCUCUUCAACGAAGGGGGAAUUUACUUCGAUCUCGACGUCUCGUGCGAGGGUCUACCGAUCCACGACUGGGUACCGGAACAGUACAAGAAAUACGCUGGUCUCGUUGUGGGGUGGGAGUUUGACGUUGGCUGGUGGGACGGCUUUAUGCGCCAGUUUGCGACGUGGACGAUCAUGGCGAAGCCGCGGUCGCCGCACAUAUCGGUGAUGUUGGACGAUAUCCUGGAGGGCUUGCAGGAGAAGACGAAGGAAUACAAUGUUACUAUUGCCGAGUUGACGUGGACCAUGGUCGGCGACGUGGUGGACUUGACGGGCCCGAGGAGAAUGACGCGGAGUAUUUAUAAGAGCUUGAAAGCAACUCUCGGGGACGGGUUUGAUCAGGAGGAUAUCGCUGCUCUCUAUGAGCCAAAGUUGAUUGGUGAUGUGCUGGUUUUACCGGGCUAUUCGUUCGCACUGUCGUCGAAUCAUUACAAACCUGAAGAUAUGCAGGGCCCGGCGUUGGUUACGCACCAUUUUGAUGGGAGUUGGAAGAAUGAUCAUGGUGGGGAGACGGCGGAUCCUGUUCUUUAGCGCUAAUUUGUGGGGAAUGCAUUAUUGGUGGAACUCGGGCACGGAGCAUGGAUAUCGAGUUGGGGGGGAUAGUCGGAGUUCGAGGAGUUUACGAUUUACAAUAUUUAUACAACUUUUGUAUACAAGACUUCAGGGUAAUAAAUUAUAUAGCUGGUAUGAGGAUAGCGGA